AUCCUUAGGUUUACGUGGUGAUGAACCAGGUUUCUUGAUGCUAGAUCAGCAGGUUUUGUUGUCCCACCCAUUGCACAUUGCAUACCAUGUUUGCAAUUCAGAGCCAUCCUGAGCUGAACCAAAGAGCUAAACAUUCACACUGUUUGUCCACUCCCUUCCCUGUGAUUCACAGAGUGUCCAUUGUCAGUGUAUUGUCUGUCUGUGUGUGUGAAGCAUGACUGUUUUGGUUCACAGAGAAACUUUGUUGAACAACCGUGUCCUUCAGAUGAGCAGGGCUCCUUCCGUUGUCCUCCGUCCAUGCACUUUGUGCGUGCAUGGACACAGUUACACGCCCAUCCCAGUGCCUGCCCUUGUCUGAGUUUUAAAGUUUGCACUGAGUAACAGACCCUUGAACCUAACACACAUACAAACAUACAAACAGGUGUUACCCCCUCUACUUGCUGCCACUGAGUGUGUGUCUCGCCACAACUCUAAUCAGACAACCUUCGAAUCCUCACCAAUUCUUAGGAAGCCAGUUGGAUUCCCUGGAGCCAGUGAGAUGCCAGCGAGGCAGAUGGACAUGAGAGAGCCCCAAUCAGAUCCCACGCUCGGAUCAAAUGCUAAGAGAAGGAAAAUGGCAGACAAGAUCCUUCCGCAAAGGAUUCGUGAGUUGGUCCCUGAGUCUCAGGCCUACAUGGAUCUUCUGGCAUUUGAGCGCAAACUGGAUCAGACCAUCAUGCGUAAACGUGUGGACAUCCAGGAAGCACUGAAGAGACCAAUGAAGCAGCAAAAACGUAAACUGAGGCUUUACAUAUCCAACACCUUCAACCCUGCCCGACCUGACGCUGAUGACUCUGAUGGCAGCAUUGCAUCAUGGGAGCUGCGAGUAGAGGGGAAGUUGCUAGAUGAUCCAGGGAAGCAGAAGAAGAAAUUCUCUUCAUUUUUUAAGAGCCUGGUGAUCGAGCUGGACAAAGACCUGUAUGGCCCUGACAACCACCUGGUCGAGUGGCACCGUACGCCCACCACCCAGGAGACAGAUGGCUUCCAGGUGAAGAGGCCAGGAGAUGUGAGUGUGCGCUGCACUCUGCUGCUGAUGCUAGACUACCAGCCUCCCCAGUUUAAGCUGGACCCUCGCCUGGCUCGCCUGCUUGGCAUUCACACUCAGACUCGCUCCUGCAUCAUCCAGGCCCUCUGGCAGUAUGUCAAAACCAACAAGCUGCAAGACUCCCAUGACAAGGAGUACAUCAACUGUGACAAGUACUUCCAACAGAUUUUUGACUGCUCUCGACUGAAGUUUUCUGAGAUUCCCCAGCGUCUCACUAACCUCCUCUUACCUCCUGACCCCAUCGUCAUCAACCAUGUCAUCAGUGUGGACCCCAAUGACCAGAAGAAGACGGCCUGCUACGACAUCGAUGUGGAGGUGGAAGACCCCCUGAAGAGCCAGAUGAGCAGCUUCCUCCUCUCCACCGCCAACCAGCAGGAAAUUGCCUCACUCGACAACAAGAUCCAUGAGACUAUUGAAUCCAUCAACCAGCUGAAGAUCCAGAGGGACUUCAUGCUCAGUUUCUCCAGAGAUCCCAAAGGCUACAUCCAGGACUGGCUCAAAUCCCAGAGUCGAGACCUUAAGUUAAUGACAGAUGUGGUGGGGAACCCUGAAGAGGAGAGAAGGGCUGCGUUUUACCAUGAGCCCUGGUCCCAGGAGGCUGUCAGUCGCUACUUCUACUGCAAGAUCCAGCAGAGGCGGCAGGAGCUGGAACAGGCCUUAGCUGUCCGUAACACCUAAACCAAGGCCCUCCUGAAUCCCUGUUUUCUGAGUCAUGUAUGUGUUUGGAUGUGUGUGAGCUCAUCACUGUCAUCUGGUCAAACCAUAUACCUCUAAAAAUUCAUCCAUCCAUCCAUUUUCUGCUGCCUAUCAGGAGUCAGGUUAUAGUGGCAGCAGGUUCAGUAAGGUAGUUCAGACAUCCCUCUCCCCAGCAACAUUUUCCAGAUCCUAGGGGACCCCAAGGUGUUCCCAGGCUAGGUGAGAUAUAUAGUCUCUCUAGCAUAUUCUUAGUCUACCCUGGGGUCUCCUGCCUAUUAGACAUGCCCGGAAAACCUCCACUGCAAGGUGGUCUGGUACAACGCCCGCAUUAUGGCUGACACUGCACAAAUCCACCAGUCAAUCUCAUGCUCCAUUUUACAGCAGCAACUCACUCAAACUCAAAGGAAGCAAUCUACCAAUAUCUGGCAGAGAACCAUGGCCUCAGUACUGGAGGUGCUGACUCUCCUCCCAGCAGCUUUACACUCCUCUACAAUCCAACGCUGUGCAUGAUGAAGCCAACAGAACCACAUCACUUGCAAAAAGCAGAGAAGGGAUUCAGUCCUUAAACUGGACACACUCCUCCCCCCGGCUGCAUCUUGAGACCCUGUCCAUAAAAAUCACACACAGGAUCAGAGACAAGGGACAACCUUGGCAGAGGCUAACACCCACCAGAAACGUGUUUGACUUCUUGCAAAGAAUACAGACACAACUCUCACUCCAGUUAUAUACGGACCAGAAGGCUUGUAACAAAAACCCCAGUAUCCCAUACUCCUGCAGUACCAAAUCCAAGUCCAUCAAACACAUGUAGGCUGACUGCUCCAUUAGACUUGCAAGGAUAAAGAGUUGGUCCACUGUUCCAUGGCCAGGAUGGAGUCUGCAUUGCUCCUUCUGAAUCCGAGGUGUGACAAUCAGUCUGAGCCUGCUUUCCAACUCCCUGUCAUAAGGUUUUCUAAGGAGGCUGAGCAGUGAUACCCCAUUAUUUGACACACACCCACUGAUCCCCCUUUUUAAAUAUGGGGGCUGGUCUGCCAGUCCACAUGCACUGUUCAUGUCCCCCAUGCCACAUUGAAGAGACAUGUCAGCCAAGACAACCAAUAAUGUCCAGAAUCUUGAGCAUCGUUGAGCAUCUCAGGGCUAAUCUCAUCCACACCCGGCGCCUUGCCACUGAGGAGCUUCUCAACUACCUCAGAGACCUCUGCCAAAGAUAUGAGUGAGGCUUCCCUCGAGUCUUCCGACUCUGCCUCCUCCUCAGAGGGCAUGUUAGUUGGGUUCAGGAGUUCCUCAAAAGUGUUCCUUCCACCGCCCGACAUCCCCAGUCAGAAUCAGCAGUUCUCCUCCCAGGAUGAACACAGCCUGGGCCAAGCCCUGCAGAUGGUUUGUAAGAACUCCCUUGCGGCCAACCGAAAGUCCUUCUCCGUAGCCUCUCCAGCCUCCUCCCACAAUGGGGUUUUUGGUACCAAGUACACUUCUGAAUCGCCCUAUUUUCAAACUUGGUUUUUAUUAUGGCCAGUACAUGACUUGCAAGUCAUUCCUUCCAGUCACCCCCCUCAGGGUUACUCCAUCAUUGCCCAUGUAAGCACUGAAGUCCCCCAAAAGAACUAUGAAGUCCCAAGCUGGUGCCCUUUUCAGUACCCCAGGCCAGAUAUUCUGAAAUGAACAGUCAGGGCCUUCCUCUGAGUGACUUGCAGUUGCAAGGAGUCAACCCUCUCAUUUUCUAGGGAGAACUCCAACACAGUGAUUCUCAGCUGAGGCCUUGUGAGUAUCCCCACAUCCAGGAUUUGCAUGCCUACAUCCCCAGCUUUGCCUGCUCACCGGCUUGCAUUGCACCUAGCUCUGAUUCCUAUCCCUACAGGUGGUGGGCCCACAGAGCAGCAACUCCAUAUCAUUUCUUUGAGCUGUGCCCCUCCCUGGGGACCAGUUUGCCUUGGUAGACCCUACCGGGGGCUGUUACCUUGACAACACAGCUCUCAGAAUCACCAGGGCUCACAAACCCCUCCACCAUGUUAAAGAGGGAAUACUCCGAGGGGUUUUGAAAACAGCAAUAACAAGUUUAAUUUAAAAUGGACAGUGCAGACAAGGACAUAUUUUGUAUUAAUGUAUUUUUAUCAGUUAUUUUAAAAAAGUAAAAAAAAAAUAAAACAUCAAAUUUUUCAUUGCCUCUAGUCUUCAAGAAGGCCAGAUUCUCCAAACUGCUAUUCAGCUCAUAAGUGCAGAAAAUAGUCAGAACCAUCCUUCAAUGGGCUUAAAACUGCAGAGAGGUGACCCUCUCAUUCUCUGGGGAGAAAUCCCAGCUGGGGGCUCACACCCUCCUGGUACCUCUCACCCCAGGCAGUCCAGCCCCUCUAAAAGGAGUUUGGUUCCAAAUCCAGUGCUGUGCAUGGAAGCAAGCCCAACUAUAUCUAGUUGGUAUUGCCCCACCUCCCACACCAACUCUGGCUCCUUCUCCACCAUAGAGGUGAGGUUCCUAGAACCAGCUGGGGUUGGCCAUCCAGGUCUCCAGCCUUGCCUGCCAAACGGCAUACAAUGGCCUCGACCGUGGUUCCUUUCCCUGCAAGUGUAGUUUUUAUGGCUGCGCCUGACCAGACCCUAUGGGCCAAAACCUGACCAUCAGACAUUCAUCUGCAAGCUCCCCUCCCAGGUCUUGUUCCAGUAGUGGGCCCCGGUUUUCCUAAUCUGGGUGAGGUGACACAGCUCCAAAACGUCCAAUCCAUUUUCUUGGAAUCACUCUUUGUCUGGCCCCUCCCCCGGGACCAGUUUGCUUUGGAGACCACAGCUCCCAGAAUCACCAGGGCAUGCACACCUGUCCACCACGUUAAGGUGACGAUUCUCUGGACAUUUUUCAGUCAUGUUUGUCUCGGUGAUGACAGUGGAAUUUCUCAGAUUUCCCCAAAGUUUUCAAAUGCAAUUCAAAAUUACAGGAAGUUUUCUCUCGACAGCAGCGAUGUGCAUGCAGAUCUUAGCGCACAUAUGCGUCCACUGUAUAUUUGUCCUAUUUUGUCCAGGACUGUGAGGACACCUUCACUAACCGCAUGGUGGACCGCAAAAGGUCGGCCUCUCAGACCACAAACAUCCUCAGACUCACUGCCUAAUAAACAAGUCUUCAUCACUGCUCUGCUUUAUAAAUAUGUCACUAGCAAAGCCCCAUCCACAUCAAGACAAAGUUUCAACUGGCUGCUCACACACUGUCGUGAUUCUUUGCUCUUAGUGUUUGCUACUGUGCCAGAGGGAAAUGUUUCCAUGUGUUCUCAUUAGAACAGUGUUUUUCAAAGAUUGAUUAAUUACACCAGCAAAGCUGACAUUAGAGUGUGGCACAUUUAAUUCAUUUUCACUUGAAAGUGAGUCAUUUGGAAAACUGCUAGUGUGUCUCAUUUUAGUCUUGCUUGCCAGAUUUGAACCUGAUUUGUUUUUGUUUUGAAGGAAUUCCUACAUCAGUAUUAGGUAAGUUACCUGAUUUAAGUAUUAUCACUUUAACAGCUCCAUGUCAGUUUAUGGCAGGUAUGGUGUUUUCAUGAAGGAGAAAACAAGUAUUGAUCAUCCUAAUAAUAGCUUUUCUUCCUUUAAUCAUAGAAAAAUGACAAAUAUACCUAUAAAUGUUGGACUUGUUGAAUGAUUUGCUUCAUCAGAGUCACUCACUGCCUCUUCCUUGUGUAGUAUUUUGCCAGUUAAUGUUAUGAAGGUGUUACCAAAGGUUACAACAAGAAGAACAGAAUGAUCACUGAAAUAAAGAUGGGCAAAAGUCCAAACCUGGGUUUAAUAAAAAUUGCAAAAAUUACCUUUUCAAAUUGGUUGGGGAAGCAAAUCCAAAUAAUUUGAAUAGUUUCAAAGAGAAUUCCCUCUCAGAUGUUUUCCCCCAUAGCCAAUUAGGCCUUAAGUUACAUUAAACAAACCCUAAAACUGUCAUUGCAAUAAACACUCAAGCCCAGGUUUGGAGAGCUUUGCCCAUUUCUAGAUUUUCUUGUUACAUUAAGAAGAAAAAUGAAGUUUUUUUUCUAGAGAUGUGAAUGUAAAUAUGUUUUUCCCUUAAAAGGGCCAACUGUACAGUAUAUGACAGACUAUUUGUGUGUGUUUGUUUGGGGGAUUUGGGAAAGGGGUGGUUCAGUAUGGGAGCUACAUGAGUUUUGAAUUAGUAGCACAGGAAUGUUAGCGUUCCUCUGUGUACUGUCUGGGAUCGAGAUGGUUUAUUUUAGGUCCAUCUCAUAUCUAUCAUGGGAGCUUGAAGCUGCAACAAAGAAAGACCUCCCUUGUUUUCAAUCUCAGUAGCUGUAACACAUGAUAUAAUCUGCACCGAUCUCAUUUUACAUUUUUUAAAUGACACUUGACUUGUAUGUAUAUGUUGUGAUUUCGGAUGAAGGAUUUCUUCUCAGCAGUCAGUUUCUAGCUGGAACCUUUUCCAGGUUUCUUUGCACUGUGCUGUUACUCUUUGUCAGGUCUCUGUCACAGGUGAUACCCAGCUCACACAAAAAGUCAUUGGAUGAUUUCGCAAUGGCCUAUGCAUGCUCCAUGGACAUUAAUUAAUACAUCCAAUGAGACGAUAUGUAAAUAUAAAAAGCUGGCAUAGCAGUCUGUGUGAUGGGCAAAAGGCUCGUCACAUUCGUUGAAAUGCCUUCUGGAGACUUUUUGCCAAAAAUGAUAUGCCCUACCAGCAACUAACUGUAGGUGUGGUUUUUCUGAAUUGUGUUUUUGUUACUAGGCCUAAGUUAUAUUAACUGCACUCAUUAGAGAAACUGUUGUCUUUAGUAGUAUCUUAGUCCUGUCUGACCCAGAGUGAUUUUUCUUUGUAUGCCCAGGGCAUUCACACUGUUGUCACUAAGUCACUACCGCCCUCUUGUGGAGGAAACUAGACACUGCAACUUCUGGGUCAUCUCAGCUGUAUCUGACACAAUGUUACCAGACUAUACUGUGUCUCCUGUUACUACACCCUGGCAUACUGUUCACAUGUUUGUCCCACUCACCCGCAUGUGUUUCUGAAGAGUGGGAACUGCUGUUUCUCUCUGUUUACACUGUAGUCAGAGGGUCACCGACAGGAGGAUUAUAGUAUACAUAAUACUGUAUAUCUGUAAAAAGCAAAACUUGUUUGGUGACUACAUUCUGCAAAAAGAGAAAUAAAGGGAAAACAGGUGUGACAUUAUAAGACAGCCUGGAUGUAAAUAAAGAAGCGCUUGCCAAAGUUUGUAAAUGC